GAGAGAGAGAGAACAGCCGCGUCAAGACGUGAAGGAGAAGUUUCGAUCCGGGGGCGAAUCCAGGCGGCGUCGAUUUCGGUUCUAGGAUCUGAGCCAUGGCUGCUGUAGCGACAGAGUUCUCACAUUUGGAAAUUUGCGAUUUACUUCCAAGGGAAGAAGAAGAAGAGGAGGAGGAGGAGGAGGCCGAGGCGGAGGGUUCACCUCAUCCAGAUAAUAUAAUGAAGGAUGACAUGGGGAUUGUUACUGACAUAACUGAUAACCCUCCGUUUGAGUCUCGGCGUGAGCUGUACACAGAAGACGUUCCAACUGAGACUACCUACGAUUCAGAUGGGGAACCUUUUCUGGUUAUAGAUGAUUCCAUUGCUGAAGACAUGGAAUCUUAUAGGAAAUACAGGGCUGAUUUUCUUGCCAGUGAUGGCUAUGAUGUCACUCACUUUUUUAACCCGUCUCCCAAUUUUCGCUAUUUCGUAUGCAAUCACCUUCGACCUGUGGGUCUUGCUCCUGGAGACUUGUUCUAUGAUCAUUGCCUCGUAGCAGUACAAAGAACAAUUCAAUUUCUCAAUCAAAAGAGAGGAAGAAAUCUUGAAUUUGGCGAGCUUGUGAAGGCAAGCAGGGUUGCAAAUACUUUUAUUAGCUUUUAUGCCACCUUUACUGCAACAGAAUAUGGAGAAAAACAAUCUUACCAAGCUCAAGUGUUUGUCCAUCUACAUGAUUACAGUCGAGUUGAGUUUUGGGAGUUCAGGGAAGCACCACCAAAGAUGCAUGGAGUUGGGGAAGGUUGAAGCAUGCUCUUUUCAAGAUGUUGAACAAAACCACCAGUGGGUGUGUAAAGCUCAACGUCGAUGCCUUAAUUGGUCUUCCAAAAAACCUCGCCAGAGUUGGAUAGAUUGUUCAUGAUCAUCAAUGAGACUUUUGCAGUUAAAAAACCAUCCUUCCAUAUCCUGAAAGUUUUCAAGGUCUUGGCAAUAAAAGAAGCUCUUGGCUGGUUGAAGGACCACCCUUAGAGGCCACUCCAUGCCACAUCAGCCCUUUCUCUAUUUUGCCAUGCUUUGGCUUGUGCGUUC